AAAAUUGCCAACACCCUCAAAUACUUCGGUAGCUUCCCUUCCCCGGUGUGCAUAUACAUGGGACCCUUGCCACACGUUGCCAUUUUCGAUCCGGAGCAGCUUCAGGUGAUUCUGAAUUCGCAGAACUGCCUAGACAAAUCCAUACAGUACUCAUUCCUGCGGGUUUCCCGCACGAUGAUAAGUGCACCCACACAUCUCUGGAAAAAUCAACGGAAAGCUCUGAAUCCAUCGUUUGCUCCUGCUAUUCUGAACAACUUUGUACCGAUAUUCAACGAGAAAUGCGCCAUCCUGACAGGACUGUUGGGAAAAUACGUGGGACAACCGGAGCGUAACUACACUCGCGAUCUUUGCAAGUUUACGCUGGAUCAAAUCUACGCUACCGCGUUGGGAUGUGACUUCGAUAUGCAGCGAUCACCGGAUGGAGAGCGUUCUCUGGAUUUGAUUGAAUCGUACAUAAAAGUUAUGGUAGCCAGAAUCUUCACUGUGUGGAAAUAUCCGGAAUUUAUCUACCGUAUGACUAGUGGGUACAAACGAGAGCAGGAAAUCCUUAAAACCUAUCAUGAAACGAUAAUUUCAAAACUGUUGCGAGCGAUUGAUUUCGAAGAAAAAUUAAAGCUAUCGGACGAGAACAACAAUGAAGCUAUGAACGAAGACACUGGCUCUAAAAAACCCAAUAUUUUCAUCGAUCGUCUAUUGAAACUUAUGCGCGAUGGAGAUGAAAUCGCGAAGGAAGACAUUUUCCAACAAAUCGAUAUGAUCUUAUUUGCUGGCAAUGACACAACGGCGAAAACAACGAGUUUCAUUUUACUUAUGCUGGCCAUGCACCCGGAAGUGCAGGAACGUUGCUAUCAGGAAAUUAUGGCAGUUUGCCCGGGAGAAAAUCAAAUCGUAACUGCCGAAGAUGCCGCAGAGUUGAUAUAUCUGGAGAUGGCAUGCAAGGAGACGAUGAGACUCUUCCCCGUUGGUUCCGUACUGGCCAGAGUAACGACUGCGGAUAUAAAACUGAAUGAUGAACAUACCAUUCCCGCAGACAGCACCAUCAUAAUGGGGAUCUAUCAAAUCCACCGGGAUCCGAAAAUAUGGGGUCCCAAAGCGGACGAGUUCGAUCCGAACAACUUCCUUCCGGAGAGAGCCGAAAAGCGCCAUCCGUAUUCGUUCCUCCCGUUCAGUGGAGGUCCACGAAAUUGCGUUGGUAUGCGGUAUGCGUGGCUUUCGCUUAAAGUUUUAGUCGUCCACAUGUUGAGAAAGUAUCGGCUCAGCACUUCCCUCACAAUGGAUCAAAUUAGGAUCAAGUACGGUAUAAUAUUGAACAUAGCCAAUGGUUGCUUGCUGACGCUUGAAAAACGAUAG